AUGGAUUUUCACGGACCGAUUACACCAGCAACAAAGAAUGGUAAUAAAUAUAUUAUUUUAUUAACUGAUGUAUUAUCAAAAUUCGUAAUUACGAAAGCAGUCCGUGAUUGCACUGCUUCAACUGCAGCACAAUUUUUGAUCGAAGAAGUGAUCCUUAAAUAUGGCACUCCGAAAUGUAUUCUUACAGAUAAUGGUACACAUUUUACUGCUAGAAUGAUGAACGAAUUAUUCAAGAAGAUUGGUGUUACACAUUUGUACUCAACACCUUACCAUCCAAUGACUAAUGGUCAAAUUGAAAGAUUUAAUGCAACAAUGGACACUAAAAUAGUAGCAUUAUCAAAUGAAAAACGCACGAAUUGGGAUGAACAAUUACCCUUUGUUACAUUCAAUUAUAACACCACUAUCCACAAAACAACUGGACAAAUUCCAUUCGAAUUAAUAUAUGGUCGUUCACCAACUCUACCUUUCGAUCAAUAA